AAUUUAAGGUUCCACAAAGAGAAAAAGUGAUCUAAAAUAAGAUAAUAUAGGCCCGUCUCUGCGUGUCGCUCGUCCCCCACCGGGCCAUCUCCCAUCUUUGCUUUCCCCUAUAAACAAAUGGAAAACAUCUAAAUUCCAUGUCUCUCUGCACAAACUUCAUGGUCUAAGCUGUUCUUGGAUCCGGAGAUUCUGGGUUUUUGGAUUCAAUUUUUAAAACAAAAGCUACAAGACAUGGUUUGGUUUCUCUGCCAUUCCCAAUCCUGCUCUUCCCCACACUCGUAGCAGUGAUAAUGCCUGUGAAGAACCAUCGGGGAUGGAACCUCUUCUUCUUCUUCUUCUUCUCCUUCUUCCUGCCCUUCCUGGCUUUCUCCGUCAAUGAACAGGGUCAAGCACUUCUUUCAUGGAAGAGGAGCUUGAAUGGCUCCGUGGAAGUCCUAAAUGACUGGAACCCAGAAGAUGUAAGCCCCUGUAAUUGGUUUGGGAUCUCCUGCAACUACUUGCAGCAAGUAGUGGAACUCAAUUUGAGGUACUUGGAUCUGCAAGGCCUUGUUCCUUCUAAUCUAGCUUCAUUGAAGUCGUUGAAUAAACUUGUUCUGUCAGGGACGAAUCUCACUGGUUCCAUACCUGAAGAGCUGGGUGGCCUUAAUGAAUUGAUUCACUUGGACUUGAGCGACAAUGCCUUGAAUGGCGCAAUUCCCAGUGAGAUUUGCAGCUUGGCCAAGCUCGAGAGAUUGUAUCUCAAUUCCAAUCGCCUCGAGGGGUCCAUUCCUGUUGAAAUUGGGAACCUUUCGAGCUUGACAUGGUUGAUUCUCUACGAUAAUCAGCUUAGCGGUAUAAUCCCAACCACCAUAGGUAGCUUGAAGAAGCUCCAAGUGUUUAGAGCUGGUGGGAACAAGAAUCUUCAAGGUUCAGUAACGAAGGAGAUUGGGUAUUGCAGUGAUUUGGUAAUGCUAGGCCUUGCAGAGACGAGCAUCUCUGGGUUUCUCCCUCCCAGUUUAGGUCUGCUCAAGAAGCUUCAGACUCUGGCAAUCUACACCACUUUACUCUCAGGCCAAAUCCCUCCCGAGCUCGGCGAAUGUAGCGAGUUGCAGAACAUUUACUUGUACGAGAACGAACUCACCGGGUCCAUUCCUAUUCGAUUGGGGAAUCUGCGUAAUCUGAGAAACCUGCUCCUCUGGCAGAACAACCUUGUGGGAGUCAUCCCACCGGAGCUGGGGAACUGCGACCAUUUGUUGGUGGUUGAUCUGUCCAUGAAUUCCAUCACAGGAAGCAUUCCACAGACAUUUGGGAAUCUGAGUUCGUUGCAGGAGCUUCAAUUAAGCGUAAAUCAAAUCUCUGGAAGGAUCCCACCGGAGCUAGGUAAUUGUCGGAAUCUGAAUCACAUCGGUUUCGACAACAAUCAAAUCACAGGAACUAUUCCUUCGGAAUUUGGGCAAAUCCCGAAUCUGACGGUGUUGUUCUUAUGGGCAAACAAGCUCGAAGGGAAUAUACCGGUAUCGAUUGCUCUCUGCCAGAAUCUCGAAGCCAUUGAUUUAUCUCAGAACAGUCUAACGGGUCCCAUUCCCAGAGGAAUCUUCCAGUUGCAGAAUCUGAACAAGCUUCUACUUCUAUCGAACAACCUCUCCGGUGUAAUCCCUCCAGAUAUCGGAAAAUGCGGUUCUCUGAUCCGAUUCAGAGCCAACAAUAACAAGAUCACCGGACCAAUCCCGCCGGAGAUUGGGAAUUUAGUUAAUUUGAAUUUCUUGGAUCUCGGCUGCAACCGUUUGACCGGUAUCGUACCACCCCAAAUAUCCGGUUGCCGGAACCUGACGUUCCUCGACUUACAUUCCAACGCAGUCACCGGAAGCUUACCGGAGAAUUUCAACCACUUGGUUUCCCUCCAAUACCUCGACGUCUCCGACAACUUGAUAGGAGGAGCUUUAACUCCGAGUCUUGGAGCGCUGAGUUCUCUCACCAAACUCAUUCUCAGUAAGAACAGAUUCACUGGUCCGAUUCCUGGAGAUAUUGGGACAUGCACCAAACUCCAGCUACUGGACCUGAGCCAGAACUAUCUCUCCGGUAAGAUACCGCCGAGUCUGGGUAAGAUUCCGUCACUUGAGAUCGCAUUAAACCUGAGCUGGAACAAACUCUCCGGCAAGAUUCCGACAGAGUUUUCAGGGUUGAGUAAGCUCGGAGCCCUCGAUCUCUCCCACAACCAGCUCUCCGGCGAACUUCAAAUUCUCGCCGGGCUUCAGAAUAUGGUGAUCCUCAACCUAUCAUGCAACAAUUUCACUGGGAGAGUACCGAACACACCCUUCUUCACGAAGCUUCCGUUGAGCGACCUCGCAGGGAACCCAUCCCUCUGCUUUCCCGGCAACCGUUGCGCCUCCUACGAACGAGGCGACGCGGCACGCCACGCAGCUCGGAUGGCGAUGAUAGUGUUACUGUCCGCCGCGUGCGCACUCCUGCUGGCGGCGCUAUGUAUCAUUCUGAGGGAGAGAAGGCGGCACGGUAGCUUCGGUGGACACCGUGACAGUGAUGUGGAUGGUGACGACGGCAUGGAGAUGGCACCACCAUGGGAGUUCACACUUUACCAGAAACUCGACUUUUCCAUCACAGACGCAGCGAGGUGCCUAACCCCUAACAACAUCGUAGGGAAGGGACGUUCUGGGGUGGUUUACAGGGCCAACAUUACUUCUUCGGGAUUCACGAUUGCAGUGAAGAAAUUCCGGUCGUCGGAGACAUCAUCGGCGGCAGCGUUCUCGUCGGAGAUUACAACGCUGGCGAAGAUACGGCACAGAAACAUAGUAAGGCUGUUGGGUUGGGGCACAAACCGGAAGACAAAGCUUCUCUUCUACGAUUACCUGCCGAACGGAACGUUAGGGGCUUUGCUGCACGAAGGAGGAAUCACGGGUUCAUCGGUGGAAUGGGAGACGAGGUUCAAGAUUGCUUUGGGGGUGGCGGAGGGUUUGGCUUACCUUCACCACGACUGCGUGCCUGGCAUCAUCCAUCGGGACGUGAAAGCCCAUAACAUUCUCUUGGGGGAGCGAUACGAAGCUUGCUUGGCAGACUUUGGCCUCGCCAGGCUCGUCGAAGAAGAAGACAAUGGCUCCUUCUCCGCUAGUCCUCAAUUUGCAGGCUCUUACGGCUACAUUGCUCCUGCAGAGUAUGGUUGUUCGAUGAAGAUCACAGAGAAGAGCGACGUUUACAGUUACGGAGUGGUCCUACUAGAAAUCAUAACGGGGAAGAAACCGGUGGACCCAACGUUCACAGAUGAACAACACGUGGUCCAAUGGAUUCGUGAUCACCUGAAGAGCAAGCGGGACCCAUUGGAGAUUCUUGAUCCAAAGCUCCAAGGACGACCGGACUCGCAGACACAAGAGAUGCUUCAAGUGCUGGGGAUUUCCCUACUCUGCACUAGCAAUCGCGCCGAAGAUAGGCCCACCAUGAAAGACGUGGCAGCACUGCUGAGGGAAAUCCGACAGGACCCACCACCUUGGUGCGAUGCACAGAAACCGGGGAGUAGCUCUAGUUUCAGUUUUACCAAGCCAGAGAUGACAUCGUACACCUCAUCAGUAUCACCGGCGCAGCAGCUACUGCUGCUCUCGCACUGUUCCAUUUCCUAUUCCUCGUCCUCAGAUGUACUAAAUAAAGCUGUAAAAGAAGCCUAAAAGAAAUUAAUGAUUGUUAAUAUUGAUUAAUUAAGUAUAAUAAGGGUAGUGGUUUGUUAA